UAGAUAAUCUAGCCCGUGACGGGAGACUUUGGCCAAUCACAGGUCAUUUCAGAGAGAGAGAGAGUUCCUAUUGGCUGCUCUGCAUUGACUGUGCAACAGCGUUUUUUGCAUCCUACCCACUUCAGCUUUAACGUUAAAUGGUUAUCACAACAGAUGCAAAUCAAGUAGCUAACCAGCUGAAACAAGAACAGCCACAUCAACAGGCCCAGGCUGAGGAAGUGGACAUGUCCUCAUAUGGAGAACGCUGGACCAGGCACACAUGAAGAAGACACUCUGCUCUGCAACACCAGCAUCAUUUCCUGUUUCCUGGGACUCUGUGGUUCAAACUUCUCCUGGACACCACGGCAAAGUGGGCGAGCCGGUCUACUCUCCAGGUCACAGUGGCUCUCAGACAACGUCGCCUGUCGCGCUGCCGCGACUCCGCAACCACAACGCCCUGACGGGAGGCUCUAAAAUCGCCAUGUCGGACGCCGUCCGGCUGUCGUCGCAGUCGCAGGUCCACGUCACCCAGCUGUACGAGGACAACACCAACAAGCGUCCGGUGCUGACCUCCCAGCCCAAUGGCCUGGCUCCUCUCAGCUCCACCCGGCCGGGCCUGCCGCUGCCAGACCGCCAGACCACGGCCUCGGAGCCCCCCCACCACUGCCGGCAGGGCAGCGCCGCCUCCAACAAGUCGACGGACGGCAAGCCGAAGCCCACCCCCUUGACCCCGGAGCAGGCCAUGAAGCAGUUCAUGUCCAAAAUGUCGUCGCUCGAGCAUCACGAGGUGUUCAGCUACCCUGAAGUGUAUUUUGUUGGUCCGAAUGCUAAGAAGAGGUCGGGGGUCCUCGGUGGAGCCAACAACGGCGGCUACGACGAUGAUCAGGGAUCCUACAUCCACGUUCCACACGACCACAUCUCCUACCGCUACGAAGUCCUGAAGGUCAUCGGCAAGGGAAGCUUUGGACAGGUGGUGAAGGCCUUCGACCACCGGUCGCAGACCCACGUGGCUCUGAAGAUGGUCCGCAACGAGAAGCGCUUCCACCGGCAGGCAGCGGAGGAGAUCCGCAUCCUGGAGCACCUGAGGAAGCAGGACAAGGACUCGAGCAUGAACGUCAUCCACAUGCUGGAGAACUUCACCUUCCGAAACCACAUCUGCAUGACCUUCGAGCUGCUCAGCAUGAACCUGUACGAGCUCAUCAAGAAGAACAAGUUCCAGGGCUUCAGCCUCCCGCUGGUCAGGAAGUUCGCCCACUCCAUCCUGCAGUGUCUAGACUCGCUGCACAAGAACCGCAUCAUCCACUGCGACCUCAAGCCCGAGAACAUUUUACUCAAGCAGCAGGGACGCAGCGGCAUCAAGGUCAUAGAUUUUGGUUCUAGCUGUUACGAACAUCAGAGAGUGUACACCUACAUCCAGUCCAGGUUCUACCGAGCGCCAGAGGUCAUUCUGGGCUCCAGGUACGGGAUGCCUAUCGACAUGUGGUCUCUGGGCUGCAUCCUGGCCGAGCUGCUGACCGGUUACCCGCUGUUGCCGGGCGAAGACGAAGCCGACCAGCUGGCCUGCAUCAUCGAACUCCUGGGCAUGCCGAGCCAGAAGCUGCUCGACGCCUCCAAGAGAGCCAAGAACUUUGUGUCGUCCAAAGGCUACCCGCGGUACUGCACGGCCACCGCGCUGCCUGACGGCACCACCGUGCUGAACGGCGGGCGCUCGCGGCGGGGGAAGGUACGCGGCCCGCCGGCCAGCAAGGACUGGAGCGUGGCGCUGAAGGGCUGCGAUGACCCGCUGUUCCUGGACUUCCUCAAACAGUGUCUGGAGUGGGACCCGGCGCUCAGGAUGACCCCCAGCCAGGCGCUGAGGCACCCGUGGCUCAGGAGGCGGCUCCCUAAGCCGCCGACGGGAACCGCGGCGGCGGAGAAGACCUCGUCUUCCUCCAAACGGGGCGCCGCCACCACUAACGACGCCGCCAUCACCUCCAUCUCCAAACUGGGCCCGGCCUCCGCAACCACCACGUCCUCCUCCAAAACCAGGACUAACUUGGCGGCGAUCACCGACGCCAACGGGAACAUCCAGCCCAGGACGGUGCUGCCCAAACUGGUCAGCUGAGGGCGAACGCACACCCUCAACGCUCGCCGUGGCGGGAGCCGCCGCCGAAGCCGGGCUCGUGAGCGACCCGGCUGGAACUUGAAAUAAAUCUGGUUUUGUCCAGUUUUGUUUUUUUUAGAGGA